CCCUGCGCAGGGCAGUGGCCCCGCUGGUGGACGAGCCCAUCACACCAAUCCCACCUCUGUAUCCUCCGCCUAGCGUCGACAAAAUGCGACCGAGGCGAUAUCCUUCCCGGGCUGCCUCCCACCCGUAUCUCUUCACAUUGAUGACCCUUACAGCGAUGGCAGAGCUGGGCCUCACCGCCUUUCUCAUAAGCGCAGGCAAUGAAAUAGCCACCUGGGCUACCCCUGGAUACUACCCUCUCUUGAUUAUGCUUUGUUUCGAUGCGGCAUGGACCGUCCUUUUUGCGGGUGCAUAUGUACUGUGGGUCGUGGAUGGUGCGGUGCACCUCCUUGCAAACAUCGCUAGCUCUGUCAUAUGGCUUCUGCUCACUUCGGUUCUCUGGGGUACCGGUGCCGGGUUAAUGCACCGCUCUCGCGCGGGUGUAAAUUGCCCCGAGCGUGCCUCGCUGUCGAGGUGCAGACAGACCGUUACAGUCGAGGCUCUUGGCUGGACCGAAUUCGGCCUCUGCUGUCUUACCUUGAGUGCGACGCUACUAUGGCUGAAGACUGGACUCGGGAAGAGAGGCAGUUACAUUCGUGACUCGAGAACUUAUGUGUAGCUUAGCGAAGUUGCGAUUUUGGCGUUGUCUGUCGGGACUACUUUGUAGGACAUGUAUGUACUGUGACGAUGUUGGCGCACCGAAUGUCAUGGAGACGAUGGCUGGA